CCUGGACAUUUAUAUAUUAACCACCACAUCAUCAAUUUAUACAUAUUAAAUUUAUCAUUAUACAUACAUACAUACAUAUACAUAUACAUAUACAUACAUAUAUAUAAUGGUCCAAGGAGGUCCUCUCAAAAAAAAAGAAAAGAAAAAGGCCCGAGGACAAGGCCAAGGCCAAGCCCCAAAUCGCACAAGCAAAGUGAGCAGGGGACAAAAACCACACGAUGAAAAGAGACAAGAAGCAAAAGAAGAAGAAGAAGAAGAAGAAGAAGAGGGAGGGAGAGGAUCGGUAGAUCUGGCCUCGACGAUACCCAUCACAUUACAGCAAUUACUCCUCAACGUGUUCAAGGGGGCCCUGCUCGGCUCUCCGCCACUGGACACCAAGACGCUCAUCCAAACGAUCAAGACGCACCUGUACAACCGCGACUUCGACGCGGCGUUUACCGACGCGAACGAGGAGCUGCUUCGUGCGUAUGCGCUGCGGUGGAGUGCGUCCCGGGCGUUGGGGUAUGCGGGGGUUUUCAAGGCGACGUUACGGUUAGUUUUGGAGCAGAGUUCUGCUUCUUCUUCUAAUCAUGUGGUUUGUAUUGGGGGCGGUGCCGGGGCGGAGAUUGUCGCAUUAGCUGCUGUCUGGAGGGAGAUGAUAGAUGAGCAGAAUUCGAAUGAAGAACGAGGUCUUUCACCACCCCUCUCCGUGACGGCAGUGGAUAUUGCAGAUUGGUCGUCUGUUGUGAACAGACUCGCGACGGCGUUGACCUCGUCUUCUAUCGUGGGGAGCAGGACUCACCCGGCGCCUCUUCUCCCAACAACGACAUCCCUCAAUGUCACGUUUCAACGAACAGACGUCCUGCGUAUCUCGGACGGUGACCUCUCGGGUCUCCUCCGCGAGGAAUCUACCGCCCUCGUCACGCUGAUGUUCACUCUGAACGAGCUCUUCUCGACUUCCAUGGCCAAGACGACUUCCUUCCUUUUGCGCAUGACCGAUCUCCUCGCCCCGGGGACCGUGUUGCUCGUCGUCGAUAGUCCGGGAAGUUACUCUACCUUGAACAUGAAGAAGCCAUCGCAACCAUCGCACCAGGAAGAUUCCACUGUCUCGGAAAGACGAUAUCCCAUGAAGUUCCUGCUGGACCAUACCCUCCUCUCCGUUGCAGAAGGGAAAUGGGACCGUGUCUGUUCCCAGGAUUCGAGGUGGUGGAGGCGCGAUGCUGCUAGGUUGGGGUAUGAUGUUGGCGAGGGCGCGGGAUUGGAGGAUAUGCGGUUUCAGAUACAUAUAUAUAGACGGAUUUGACAUUUUAUACGAAACCUCU